AUGGACAAACACAAUCUAACAGUGCUGAAUGAGUUCAUUCUGACGGGAAUCACAGACCGCCCUGAGCUGCAGGCUCCAUUGUUCGGGCUGUUCCUCAUCAUCUACAUGGUCUCAGUGGUGGGCAACUUGGGCAUCAUCAUCCUCACGAAGACAGACUCCAAGCUACAAACUCCCAUGUACUUUUUUCUCAGACACCUGGCUAUCACUGAUCUUGGUUAUUCAACAACUGUGGGACCCAAAAUGUUGGUAAAUUUUGUUGUAGAUGAAAAUACAAUCUCCUAUUCUUUUUGUGCUAUACAGUUAGCUCUCUUUCUCUUGUUCAUCAUUAGUGAAUUAUUCAUUCUGUCAGCAAUGUCUUAUGACUGCUAUGUGGCCAUCUGUCACCCUCUGCUCUACACAGUCAUCAUGUCACAAAAGGUUUGUCGGGUGUUGGUGGCAAUCCUCUAUCUUUAUAGUGCAUUUAUUUCUCUUCUUAUCACCAUAAAUAUUUUUAAUUUAUUCUUUUGUGGCUUCAAUGUCAUCAGUCUUUUCUACUGUGACUGUCUCCCCUUAGUAUCUUUGCUCCGCUCAGACACACAUGAAAUUGAAUUGAUCAUUCUCAUCGCAGCAUCUAUUGAUUCAAUUUCAUCCCUUCUAAUAGUUCUUGUUUCUUAUCUGCUUGUUUUUGUAGCCAUUCUCAGGAUAAACUCAGCUGAGGACAGGCACAAGGCCUUCUCCACCUGUGGAUCCCACCUGACCGUGGUGGUCGUGUUCUAUGGGACUUUAAUCUUUACAUAUGUGCAUCCUGAGUCCAGUCAUUCCUAUGAAAAUGAUAAAGUGGCUUCCAUAUUUUACACCCUGGUUAUUCCAGUGUUGAAUCCCUUGAUAUAUAGCUUGAGGAGCAAAGAUAUAAAACAUGCCAUUCAUAGAACAUGGAAUAAAAUAAGGAAUAUCUUUUCUACCACUUAA